AUGGACGAGCUUCAUCUACCUCAAGAUGCCGCUUCCAUAUUGGAACGCACCUACAAUAGCGACGCAAGAACUUCUGAAUUUGACAAGUGGCUCAUAUACACGACUUAUCAUGCGCCUCAAGACGCUCAAAAACUCUAUCGAUUGGCAAUGUCAGCAUACAAUGAACAAGCCCUGAACGAGCCAGAAUCCGAAUGGGAAAGCGUGGGGUUUCUUAAACCAGCCAACCAAAGCCGUCCAGACCUUCGAUCACCCUCACUGCAGCGUAUCCUGGAACAUCAUCUGCACAUGGUCGAACGUCAAUUCCCAGAAUUUGCACCCGAUGGUGGGGAUGAUGAGCAGUUCUACGUUUUCGGCUUUAUUGCAUUGACGCAACCUGACUGGAAACAUAAAGGGGCAACAGCAGUACACUGUGACAAGGAUCGCGGAAAAUGGAAAGUCACUCAGUGUCGAGGUAUCCCAAUUGACCAAUUGGGUAUGGAGUUGACCAGUGUGAGCGACAACGACGACGACUUCGACAAUGUUCGUGUGAGGUAUGAUGAUAGCGGCAACGAGGGGCCGGACAAUCAAGGUGGUGCCGCUCCACAUGGACAGUGGCAGUUCUUGGUCUACUCAACGAAUCUCUCUCAACUAGAAGCGAUGCGGUGCAUACCUGAUCCUCGUGGUGGUCCCGAUUUUCCACUGGGUGAGGCAACUUUUAUGUUUCGGCCAUCAGAGUUGUCCUCCAUCGCAGAAAUCCAAGAAGACCUUCCGAUCGCGUACGCAGAGACAGUCAGGAAUCCUACAGUACCUGCUACUGGUAGCCAGAGGAUUUCCAAAGUUCACCCGGGAUUGUUUGUUGUGGUAGAGGGCAAAGAGAAUCUGUCAAUCAAGAUCGUCAAGCUUGAUUGGGACCACAAUAUCCAGAAGUCAGAUGCGGAGUUAAAGAGAAUCGGGCGAGAAAGUCAGACUAUCUCUCAAUGGCUAGUUGAGCCUGAGGCAGUUGUAUCGACGCUUGAGCGACUCGCGACAGAGGUUUUACAAGCGACGGAGCCAUCUCUAUCAUCUGAACUGCAUAAGAGGUCUGAGAUCGAUCACAGGGACUGCGGGGUCAAUCUGAAAGAUCAGCCAACGUCUUUUUAA